CUGCCAGGUGGCAACGUCUUGAACUUAAUCCGAACGAUUGUCUGUGAUGUAGAGAAAUUUCGUGCGUGCAGCAACAACACUAGCGCCUGUUCUAUCUGCUCCACAAAAAAAAACUAUAAAAAUUAUCGCGUUUUUCGCAAAGCGGAAGCAUUCUGAGGAUUCGGGUCUAGUAGGACUGUUUGUGUGUGUGCUUUUAGUUGAAACAGCAGCUGGCUAAAGUGGACAGAAUGUGUGUCAAUGACGUCUGAAUAGCAAACGCUUCAUAAGUGCGUCUGAAAAAAUCAAUCAGUUUAUGCUGCUGUGAAGGGGGCGGGCGGGCCACAACAAAAUGAGCAGCAGCGCCGCCGCCCAGCUGACUGCGCCGCCAGACAGCAGCAGCAACAACAAUACGAGUGAAAGCAAUCUAAUCAUCAUACAGGAUAUGAUUGAACUGUCGGCCAAUCAUCUGGAGGGACUGCGCACACAAUGCGCAACGAGCGCGAUUCUGACGCAACAGGAGAUACGCUGCCUGGAGUCCAAGCUGGUGCGAUACUUCUCCGAGCUGCUGCUGACCAAGACGAGACUUAAUGAGCGCAUACCCGCCAAUGGGUUGCUGCCCCAUCAUCAGGCCACGGGGAGCGAACUACGGCAAUGGCUGCGUGUGGUUGGCCUCAGCCCGGAGUCGUUGAAUGUGUGUCUGACGCGACUGACGACAUUGGAGCAAACGCUGCAGCUAAGCGACGAAGAACUGAAACAACUGCUCGCCCAUAAUCCAAGUAACCAGCUGGACGAGGAGUUGCGUCGUCUUACAAAAGCGCUGCACAAUCUUCGCAAAUGCAUGGCAACUCUGGAAAGCAGCGGACCCAGCGUGCCAGCAACCAAUGUGGAUCCAGAGCAAUGGCACUGGGACUCCUGGGAUCGCCCACAUCCGCAUCACAUGCAUCGGGGCAGUGUUGGCAAUAUCGGUCUCGCACCGAGCACUGCUUCACCACGUGCCCAUCAUCGACAGCAUCCGCAUCCACAUCCACAUCAGCAUAGCAAUAACAAGCCCAAGGUUGCCAGCAAUUCCACGUCGAGUUCUCGCAGCGAGCAGCAAUCGCAACCGCAGCAGCUGACAGGAUCACAGAUGACCUUGACACUGACACCGUCGCCACCCAACUCCCCCUUCACGCCCGCCUCUGGCUCGGCCUCCGCCAGCGGCACUCCGCAGCGCAGUCGUAGCAGCACAGCAGCCGGAACAGCAGCGGGCACACCACCGCCCGCCAAGAAGCAUCAAACUCUGCUCAUGCACAACAGCAGCGCCUCGGAUAUUGCGGCGACGGAUCAACCGCCAAGGCCACCACGUAGCCGACUGCCCACAGAUCCCAGCCCGGACAGCCAUAGUUUGGCCAGCAGCACGGAUAUAUUGGCGGAUGGUGGAGGCGUUGGCAGUGGGAGCAGCUCCAAUGUGCUGCUAGUGCCGCCUUCGCCCGGUGUUGCACAUGUGGGCAUGGGACACACCAUCAAGCAUCGCUUCAGCAGAAGAUUUGGCCUCAUGGCCACAUGUAAAUUGUGUCAAAAGCAGAUGUUAACCCACGGACUCAAGUGCACCGACUGCAAAUACAUAUGCCACAAGGCCUGUGCCCAACAUGUGCCGCCCUCGUGUGGUCUGCCGCCCGAAUAUGUUCAUGAGUUCCGGCAGACUCAGGUGGAGGGCAGGUGGGAUCCGCAGCACGGUAACAGUAACAGCAAGGCGUCACCAGUGCCAAAGAAAAGCACGCUGGGAAAACCGCAGCUGCAGCAGCAACAGUUGCAGCAUGGACAUGGAGACAGCAGCUCACCGGGAUCCAGCUGCACCAAUUCCACGCCCAGCAGUCCGGCAUUGUUUCAACAACAACAGCAACAACUGCAACUGUCCACGCCCACCGCCUGCCAAACAAAAGCAUUGCCAGCACAGCAGCAACAGCAACAACAACAACAGCAACAGCAACAACAAAGUCAAUUCAACUUUCCCAAUGUCACCAUCAACAGCUGCAACAGCAACUCGAGUGCAGCCCAGACGCUCAUAUCCAAUGAGUCCUCAAUUGAAUCCCUGACUAAUGGCAAUAACAACACCAGCUGCAACAACAGCAACAGCAGCAACAACAACAGCAGCAACAACAGCUGCUCAAAUGGUCAUAUUAACUCGCUCACUGGCAGCCAGAUGUCCAACCACUCGACGGUCUCCCAGCUGUCCAAUGUGAGCAGCAGCAGCAGCGCCACAUAUACAGCGAGUCUGGUCAACAGCGGCAGCUUCUUUCCCAGGAAGCUGAGCAAUGCUGGCGUGGACAAGCGGAUACCCUUUACCAGCGAAUAUUCGGAUACGCACAAGUCCAACGAUAGCGAUAAGACCGUGUCCUUGUCGGGCAGUGCCAGCACCGACUCGGAUCGGACGCCAGUUCGUUUGGAUUCCACAGAGGAUGGCGACUCGGGUCAGUGGAGACAAAACUCCAUAUCGCUCAAGGAAUGGGAUAUACCCUAUGGUGACUUGCAUUUACUGGAGAGGAUUGGCCAGGGACGCUUUGGCACUGUGCACCGGGCACUUUGGCACGGCGAUGUGGCCGUGAAGCUGCUCAACGAGGAUUAUCUGCAGGAUGAGCACAUGCUGGACUCGUUUCGCAAUGAGGUGGCCAAUUUUAAGAAGACGCGACAUGAGAAUCUUGUGCUCUUUAUGGGAGCCUGCAUGAAUCCGCCGUAUUUGGCCAUUGUCACCUCGCUGUGCAAGGGGAAUACUCUCUACACAUACAUCCAUCAGCGGCGGGAGAAGUUUGCCAUGAAUCGCACCCUGUUGAUUGCCCAACAGAUUGCCCAGGGAAUGGGAUAUUUGCAUGCGAGGGAUAUAAUACACAAGGAUCUGCGUACCAAGAACAUAUUCAUUGAGAACGGCAAGGUGAUCAUCACGGACUUUGGCCUCUUCAGCUCCACAAAGCUGCUGUACUGUGAUAUGGGCCUCGGAGUUCCACAAAACUGGCUGUGCUAUCUGGCCCCGGAAUUGAUACGUGCCCUGCUGCCGUCCAAGCCGCAUGGCGAGUGCCUCGAGUUUACAUCCUGUUCGGAUGUCUACUCCUUUGGCACCGUUUGGUAUGAGCUCAUUUGUGGUGAGUUCACGUUCAAGGAUCAGCCGGCGGAGUCCAUCAUUUGGCAGGUGGGGCGUGGAAUGAAACAGUCUCUGGCCAAUCUACAGUCAGGACGUGAUGUCAAAGAUCUUCUAAUGCUGUGUUGGACAUACGAAAAGGAACACAGGCCGGAUUUUGCACGUCUUCUCUCAUUGCUGGAGCAUUUGCCAAAGAAACGUUUGGCGCGAAGUCCCUCGCAUCCCGUUAAUCUCUCGCGCUCCGCGGAGUCUGUCUUCUGAGCAUCCACACACAUAUAUGUAAACAUACAUAUGUAUGCGUAUACAGUUACUAAAUUAGCACAAUUCCAUGUUAUAUGUAAAUGUAAGCAGCACACACACACACACACACACAUUAUGUAAAUACAUAAAUACAACAUGUCUGUAACUCUGUGACUGUAAAUGUAAUUGGUGUGCGUGCAAAAUGUCAAAUUUGAAACUUGCUCUCAAGCUCAAAAAAGCGAGUCAGAGGGAGGAGAGAGAGAGGGAGUCAGAGAGCAAAGCUCGCUUCUUUAAUCCCAUUAUGUAUGUAGUAGUGUGAACGCAACUUAACGACUCUCAAAGCAAAGUUCAAAUGUGCAUGUGCUAAUUGUAAAUAUAUACAUUAAAAAAGGAAACUAUACAUACAGACAAACAAACGUAUAUUUAUAUAUAUACAUAAAUACAUAUAUCCAAAUUCUAGCAAUUUACAAAGGCAUUGUAAAAUAAUUUAAUUUUAAUCACAUACAUAUGUAUUGAACACAAAUGUUAAAUUAAACAAACAAAAGAAAAGACAACGUUUAACUGUUAAAAGAGCAACAAACAAAUUGAGCAAAAUGCAUACGAGUAGUAUGUACAUAUAUGUAGUUAUAGGCAUUACAAAUUACAUACAUACAUACAAACAUACAUAUAGUAUAUGUAAAUGAAAAGCAAGCACUGUGGCAAAUCUAAAUGUAAACGAAAAUCAGGUGAGCAAUUUUAAAAUUGUUAAUUAUGUGUAAGCAAAGCUCUAUAUAUAAAAACAUACAUAAAUACAUAUGUAUAUUAAAAUGUAUAUUGUAAAAUGUAAGCAUAUAGCAAACAAGUUCAUGCAUAAAAAACACAAAAACAAAUAUACGAACAAUUGUCAAAAUAAAAACUAUCACUUAAAACCAA